AUGAAAUCUAAAAUUAAGUUACCAAAUAAAUUAACAGUGGGUACUGAUACAGAUAUUAUCUUUAAUGAUGCAGAUUUUUGUUCUAAUUUAGUUGAUAAUUUAAGAUAAGCAAAAACAGUUAGAACAACACAUAAAAAAACAAAAACUGAAUUAUUUUAUACAAAGACACCUAAUACAACUUUGUAUAAAUUUAGAUAAAAUGGAUAAUUGUUAAUAAGUUCUUAAUUAUCUUUAUCUCGUUGUCCUUCUUUAACAAAAUCUUAGAGAAGAUUAUAAGAAAGAGAACCAAAAACAAAAAGUAAUAAUGUUAGUAAGGAAUAUUUGGAAAUAAAGAAAAGUUAAACAGAAUAAGAUAUAGUUCCAAUAUAGUUACUUUUUGAAUAAAAUAGUUUUUUAGCAAGGAAUCAUGAGUUAUUAAUAGAUAGUAUAACAGAAUUAUCAGAAUCUGUUAAAGUUUAAUUAUUAAGCAAUUAGUAUGAAAUAUAGAGAUGGAAAGAGGAAAAGAUUUAAAGCAAUCUAGAUAGUAAAUUGUUAUUUAUUUUAUAUAAUACAAUGCAGUAAUUAGAUAAAAAAAUAAUUGGAUCAAUAUUUAAUAAAUAGUAGACUCCAGCUGAAAAUUUUAAAUUAAAAAACUUAUCUGAUACAAUGGAAAUGGUAUCAGAGAUGGUUACACUUUUAAUAAAGUAUAUUUCUAGAAUGGAUAUUAAAUUGGCAACAUUUGUAGAGUAUUUUUGGAAAUUUUGGGUUGUUUUAAUUGAUGUAGCUAUGUAAUGGAUGGAUAAAAGUUGCACAGAUUAUAUAGAAUAUUAGAUUUCAUAGUUUAAAUAGUAGUUUGAAGAGGCAAUACAUUAAAAGAAUAUAACAGAGGAUAAAUUAAUAAGAGCAGAAAAAGAAUUUAAAUUGUAGGAGUAAUAAUAUUAAAGAAAAUGUGAUUCUUUGGAAACUUAAAUAUUGUCUAUUUAAUCUGAAUUUAAUGAAUACAAAUAAGCAAUGUUAUAAAUGAGUGAUUUAAAAUAGGCAGAGAAAAGAAUGAAUGCAGUUGGAUUAAAAUCAUUAGAAUUGGAAAACCUUUUCAAAUAAUAUGAUCGAUAAUUAUUUGAUUAUAAGAGUGAUUUUUAAAAAGAUUUUAAAUAAUUAGGAUCAAUAUUGGUACAAUAAAAGAAAUUGUAAGAAGAUUUGAAGUAACCUCAUUAAUAGGCUUAAUCAAUUCUUCAUAUACAUUAGUAUGUGGAGAAUAAGACACUUUAUGAACUAUUUACUAAUAUGCAUCCUUUCUGUUUGCAUUUUAAAAAAAUAGAAUUACAUGAACAAGAUGAUGAAAAUGAUUAUGAUACUUAACUAAUAUAGUUUUUAGAGUAUUUAACUAAUUAUGAUGAUUUAAUGUAGAAUGUUUGUUUAAUCUUUAGAGAAUGGGUCAAUGAUAGUGAUCGUCUUAAUCGAAUUUUAAAUCAUCUAUUAACUUAAAGAGAUUAUACAUAACAUUCUUUACAUCAUUUUUAUUGUAUACUAUUUGGAUUGAAGAAUAAUUAAUAAAUCUCUUGGAUUUCUAUCAGUAAUCUAAUCUGUUAUUUUAAACAGUUAAGAUAGGAAUUACAUUAAUAAUUGAAUGAGGCAAUAUAUCUAAAAGACUCUAAUUAUAUUUUAGAUUUGAUAUUGCCAGAAGAAUUUAUGGAAAUUAUAAAACAUCAUAAAUUGGAUUCAAUAACAAUAUUAAGUUUAUUAAAUUUAUUGGCUUAGUUUAUGUAAUAGACAGAAAAUAAAUAAUGGAAUAGAUGGAAAUUUCAUUUUAAAAUUGAUUCAGAUGAAUUUGAUCAUAAUAAGUUGGAUUAUUUUUUAUAACUUAAAAUAUAUUUGAAUUAAGGUGAAUUGAAUAUUCAAUAGAAAAAUGAUUAUUUUGAUCAAAUACGUCAUUUAUCUUUAAUGUAUCCUAGUUUAUUUUAUAAACAUAAAUAAAUGAUUUCAAAGAUGUAAACUCAAAUAAGAAGAGUUUCAUAGAAAAAUACAGCUUAAUAAUAAUAAAAGGAUAAUAAUACAAGACCAUCACAAAUGAAGAGAUAGUCAACUUAUAAUGGUAUGAUUAAAUCUCAAGUUCUUAGAAAAUGA